AUGCGCAUUCCUGGAUUGAUUAUCAUUUUUCUUAUUAUUCCUGCAAUCUCAGAAACAAUCACAUUUAGGACGGAAGAGGAGCAGGGAAGAUUUUUGGAAGCGCUAAAGAAACGAGAAUAUGAUUUAUUCCAAGAAGAAAUGAAAAGAGAAUCGGAGAGAAGAGGUCAAAGGUUCACCGGAGUGGCACUGGAUCAUCCAACACCGGGCUCGAAUGAUUAUAGCAAUAUGCUGCCUGAGGAACUUCGCCCGCCAUCACAGAAGCAUCACCGCCCCGAAGCUCUAACGGCAACAGAAGCAGACGUUGUGAAUGAGUUUGGAGAAAACGACAAUUGGUGUUUUGCGUGUGUUACUCCUAUUACGAAGAUGAAGCCUGAAUUGAGGCGCUCAAUAAGAAAUCUGUUGGAAAUGCGUAGAACUACAUAUCCAAUAAAUCUUGUUUCUGAUGACUGUCUGUCAGCCCGGAAUACAUCGAAAUUAAAAAAACAGAAAUGCUCGUUCAAAUAUUGCCAGACAUUGUCAGUUGUCGAUAGAGAAGCCGCCAGAUCGUUUGUCAUCCGUGGGUGCGCUGAACAUUUUGGCGCCGUGAAUGUGGAAGAGUUUGAGAAAAAAAGCGAUUACUCUUGCGAAAUGUUGCAUGAGGGACUUGAGGUGAAAGAAUGCAUUUGUAAAACUGCUAAAUAUUGCAACGCUGGAUGGAACAAAAGAAGCGCAUCAUCGUCUGGAGCGCCUACCAUUAUUAUGAUUAUUUUUCUUCUUCCUUGUUUGAUUUUCUUUUAA